GCCCUGCAGUCCCGCAGACCCUCGGCGCUGCAGUCCACGCGCAGAUGCAGAGAGGGCGCGGUCUCCAGUCGUUCCGGGCUACGGAACUGGGGUUUUCCACCUUAGGCUUUGUUUCCCAUUUUCUCUUCUCCCGUGGACCUGUGUGUGAUAAGCUUUCUGAGUCUUCGGCAUCUCAUGGCCUCAUUUGAGCAAGAGCCUGGGAAGGGAGGAGUCGGGCCGGCAUCUUUUCUGAGAUCCCGGGAGCUGUCACAAGGACGCAUCUGCCUUCAGAAAGCCUCUCUGAGCAGUGGUAGUGUGAAGUCUCAGGAAGCUGGCCCGCUCGAAGGUGUGUGAGAAAGGUGUAUCCUGGAAACCAUGGCGCUCCCCUUUCAAAAAGGGCUGGAGAAAUACAAGAACAUCGACGAAGACGAGCUUCUUGGCAAACUCUCAGAAGAGGAACUGAAACAGUUGGAAAAUGUUCUAGAUGACCUAGAUCCCGAGAGUGCAAUGCUACCUGCUGGAUUCCGACAGAAAGACCAGACCCAGAAAGCAGCCACUGGCCCGUUUGACCGGGAACACCUGCUCACGUAUCUGGAGAAAGAGGCUUUGGAACAGAAGGACAGGGAGGACUUUGUACCCUUCACAGGAGAAAAGAAAGGGAGAGUCUUUAUCCCCAAGGAAAAGCCUGUAGAAACUCGUAAAGAAGAGAAAGUGACCCUGGACCCAGAACUGGAGGAAGCCUUGGCCAGCGCCUCAGAUACUGAACUCUACGACCUUGCAGCUGUCCUCGGAGUCCACAAUUUGCUCAACAAUCCGAAGUUUGAUGAAGAGACAACCAACGGUGAAGGUCGAAAGGGGCCUGUGAGGAAUGUCGUGAAAGGUGAAAAGGCCAAGCCAGUAUUUGAGGAGCCACCGAACCCCACAAAUGUGGAAGCAAGCCUGCAGCAGAUGAAGGCCAACGACCCCAGCCUGCAGGAGGUCAACCUCAACAACAUUAAGAACAUUCCAAUUCCAACCCUGAAGGAAUUUGCAAAGUCUCUGGAGACCAACACCCAUGUGAAGAAGUUCAGCCUGGCUGCAACCCGCAGCAAUGACCCUGUGGCCCUUGCCUUUGCAGAGAUGCUGAAAGUCAACAAGACCUUAAAAAGUCUAAACGUAGAGUCCAAUUUUAUCACUGGCACUGGAAUCCUGGCCCUGGUGGAAGCGCUGCGGGAGAAUGACACCUUGACAGAGAUCAAGAUUGACAACCAGAGGCAGCAGUUGGGAACAGCUGUGGAGAUGGAGAUCGCCCAGAUGCUGGAGGAGAACUCAAGGAUCCUCAAGUUUGGGUACCAGUUUACCAAGCAAGGGCCACGGACAAGAGUGGCAGCUGCCAUCACAAAAAAUAACGACCUGGUUCGCAAGAAGAGAGUUGAAGGAGACAGGAGGUAAAGCUCCCUCCACUCAAAGGGGUGAAGUCUCACCGUGCGGCCAUCCAAAAACAUACCCAAAAUCCUCUUCUCCACCGGACCAUUUGAUCCAAGGCUGUUCAUUUCCGUUAACCAUAUCCGUCAUAAUUUUAACUGUUACUCCUUUUUAGUGCUGAUUAUUUGUCUGAAAUAUGUGUAGCAGUUUGCCUCGCUCCUGGACACACCUGGCGGCUUGCACAAGUAGGGGUGAUACAGAUCUUAGACAGUGACAACGCUGGAGAUGAUCUUAACCACUUUCAUAUUGUAGUUUGUCUUGCUUUCUUACGUGAACCUUUUUUAGUCAUGGAAGGGACUUAGUGUGUAGCAUGUGUUUGUAGCUGAUGACCAAGUGGAGGCCUAUCUCUGUUUACAUGCAUUGCUUUGAGCUAGGCCAGGAACAUGGGGAGUGUGUGCUACUGACCACAUGAGAAGUUAGUAUUGCCAAGCUUUCACAAAUUCUCCGUUAAUUCCAGAAAAAAAAAAAUAGUGUCUCUACAUGCACAUGCCCAACUGAUAGAUUGGGAUCCUCCCAGUCAGUGGGAUCCUCCUUAGAAAGCACUUUACCGUAGCACUGGCAAAGGGACUGUUUAGUGCCCCGUGAGUAUAUUAACAAGUCACACACUUACCCUUACUUACUGUUAAACAUGAAUGAAACACAUUUGUUAAGGUCUGUGGUCCUGGGAAUUGUACCCAGAACUCUGUGUGUGCUAGGCAAGCACUCUACUCCUGAGCUACAUCUCCAACCCAAAUUAUAUUUAAAAUGAUUCUCUAAUAGGUAAUUAUUUACAAAGCUGUUGAAAGACUUUCCAGGUAUAAUGGGGAAAUUUUAAAGUUUAACCAAAAGAAAAUUUCAAAAUAGUACAUUCCCAAAAUAACAAUAACAGCAUCUUAGGAGCUGGAGAGCUGGCUCAGCAGUUAAGAGUGCUUGCUGCUUUCCCAGGAGACCAGAGUUCAGUUUCAGCACCUGUGUCAAGCAGCUGACUUGUAUAGCUCCAUCCUCGGGGGACUCUGAUGCCUCCAGCCUCUGAGGGCAUCCACACAUAGGUGUACAUACCCCCCCCCAUAUACAUACACAUGAUUAAAAAUAGAUUUAAAAGUUAUGGCACCUUAAUCAAAGUUUCUGAUACAUAAUGAAUUUGACAAAUUUUAAAAGCAAUUGUUGAUUCAUCUUUAGCAUAACCAGAUCACCAGAUAAAUUGUGGGCAUUGUGGUUAAUUAUAUAGGUUUUUGUUUUGUCACAUGCAAUUGCUUCUUUGCCUUUUGGCUUAAAAUCAAGCAUUGAUUUUUGUCAUAUAUCACAGUAAAUCCAGCUGUUUGCAAAUAUUAGGUUAAAAAGAAUUGUCAGUUGCUAAGAUGUUUGUCACCUCAAAGACAGAGCCUGUGAAGACAUGACUGAAGUGACCGUGAAGUGACUGAUUUCCUAGUACAACCACUGGACAGCAUAAUGCAAACUUAAGGUACCAAGUGAUGGAAGGUUUUGGCCCAAAAUAAUCACCUUUCUCUCCUGUCAUAGACAUCAGCUGGUCCCAGCCACUGUCAGGUACCUGUGUUAUCUGCCCUUCUCACUGUUGUGACUAAAUACCUGACAGAAGGAAUAUAAGGAAAAGGGGGAUUCAUCUUGGCUCACAGUUUUAGGGUGCCACCUACUGUGGCAGAGAAAGAUAGCAGCAGGAGGAUGAGACAGUUGUCACAUCACUGUCACAGACAGGAAACAAAGAGAGAUGAAUGCUGGGGCUCCGCCCACUUUCUCCCCCCCCCCCUUUUGUUUAGUCUGGAAUUCCAGCCUAUGGGAUGGUGCUCCCCACAUUCAGAGUGAGUUCUCUCUUCUUGGUUAAACUUCUCUGGUAACACCUUAGGUGAUUCCAAAUCCCAUCAAGUUGACAAUGAAGAUAUUGUCGUAGCAUCUCUUGUCCUUCCUUUUCCUCUCCUUUCAUGACAAAGCAUCCUUCUUGUUUCCCUUCUCUCUAUGUCUCUAAGUCAGUGGUUCUCAACCUGUGGGUCACAAUCCCUUUGGAGGCUGAAUCACUCUUUCAUGGGGGUCACUUAAGAUUAUUGGAAAACACAGAUAAUUACAUUACAAUUCAAAACAGUAGUAAAAUUACAGUCACGAAGUAGCAAUGAGAUAA